UUGAUAAGUUGGCUGUCUUUGGCUGUCAGUUUAUCAUCAGCUUAUCAUCUUAGCUGUCAGGAUAGGUGGCUGCUGGUCAUGGGUGAACUGUAGGUAAGUCUCCGGCAUGAUGGGGAAGCAAAAUCUAAUGGCUGCCUGGACUUGGUUUUGAAAGAUGCCCUUCCAUUGUUUUACAUGCCAUUGCGCUCCCUAUGUGAACUUCAGUGGUCACAAGUUCACCACCAGUAUUCACACCACACAGCUUCUCCUUGAAAUGCAGGUGGCCCUCGAAGGUCACUUGCUGGGCUGAUUUCCACGGUAUUUCUUAAGCUUACAGGUCCUAGACCUGUGAAACUGUAGCACCCAGGAGCUACUGGCCGGCCCCUGUGGGCCCACUUGGGUUUUUUUGGGGGGGGGGAAUCCUGCCCACCAGUUGAAGCUGACUUCAAAAGCUAGCCCCCCCCAAACCCCCAUGUUAUUUCCAAGAACAUGCCUAACCUUUUCUUCUUUCAUGUUCCCAUAGAACCAAAGUGAGUUGCUUUCCCCCCUCUUGACUCCUCUUAAUGCUUUUGGCUCUGGUGUGGCCAUCUGAAGGGAUGGGUGUGGAGGGGGUUGUUCAGACAUAGCCCAAACCCAGGUAAAAGUGUGCCAUCGAGUCGGUGUCAACUCCUGGUGUCCUGUGGUUGCCUUUGGUAGAAUACAGGAGGGGCUUACCUUUGCCAUCUCCUGCGCAGUAUGAGAUGAUGCCUUUCAGCAUCUUCCUAUAUCGCUGCUGCCCGGUAUAGGUGUUUCCCAUAGUCUGGGGAACAUAUAGGCGGGGAUUCGAGUUGUCACAAAUUUAAACCCUCUUAUUCAAAUUUUAAAAACCAAAACAGUAUGUAUGUUCUUUUAGCUGAAGUGUCCCCCUUUUUGGGGGGGGCUUUCUAAAAAGUUGAAAAUCUUCUCUGGAGAGGGGUGGGAAAGCUGGCCUCAUAUCUAUAAACUACGAGAGUGGGUCUGCCCCCCGCCCUGUCAACCUGUCAAUCCCCAGGUGAAAACAAUCUGAGAGAAAUGUGGUGAGUGACUUUCAAUAGCAAUUACUUUCACUGCUUCCAAGUAUUGAAUCAUCCAAAAUUAGCAGGGCCUUCUAGAAGGAUUAUGGGUGAGGGCAUGCUUGGGAUGGCACAGCACCCCCUAGGAUCAAUUUCCUGUGAUUCGCUACUAAGAAUGUUUCUCCUUAUCUCUGCAGGGAUGAGCCCCUGGUGGCGCAGUGGUAAAACUGCCGCCCUGUAACCAGAAGGUUACAAGGUCGAUCCUGACCGGGGGCUCAAGGUUGACUCAGCCUUCCAUCCUUCCGAGGUCGGUAAAAUGAGUACCCAGAAUGUUGGGGGCAAUAUGCUAAAUCAUUGUAAACUGCUUAGAGAGCUCCGGCUAUAAAGCAGUAUAUAAAUGUAAGUGCUAUUGCUAUUGCUAUGAAGAUGAAGAGGGGGCACAGACUGGUAAGUGGAUGACGAGAGUGCAUGCUUCUUCUCAGGGCUCCUCAACCCCCCAGGGAGUGUCUCCUUGGAGACCUGUUUCACUUUGACAAUGGAAAGAGAUAGGCAGACAUCCAUCUGAUGGAUGAAUGGCAGGAGGGCAGUUUCAUCCACCUCUAGCCUUUGCUGCUGGCACUUGUUGCAGCCAAAAGUGUUGGAGGAGACCAGGGGGCCUGGGCAAGUCACAUCUGGUUACCCUCUGGAUAUCUGGAUGGGAGAAGAUGGGGAAAGGGCUGUGACAGCAGGCGGGCAGGUUUGGUAAUUCUCCCUUGGAGGUGGUGCACUUCUGGAAAAGCCCUGCAAUAACCUUUUGCCCACACCUAGCCCCAAGACAUCCUCUGGGCCUUGUUCCCCCUGCCUUGGAGAAGAGGAAGCUAAAGAAUGCUGGUGUCUUGUUUCCAAAGCAUCUCUUUUUUUGACAAUUACAUGGGUCAUGAUGGAAAUGGAGGAUCACCUGCAAACAAGGGCAACAUUUCCUGGCCAAUGAGCUCUGAGAUCAGUCCAAAGAGACUCUUUCUUUCUCUGAUCCCAGUUUUCUGCCCCUCGGAGCUGGGCCUGCAUUCCUCAGAUCAUAGCUAUGCUUCCUGCUUAUGGCGUCCAGGCAGAUUUUCAAGCCCCACCCCUACCCCCGCACAUAGGUCAAAAGGCUGUAACUGGGGGUUGUUGCUUCAGCCAAAGAGCAAAUGCAUUGUUUAGUCCAUGUGAACCAUCAGCUCCCACUCUGCUCAAAGGAGAAGCCUCUUUCCUCAUAGGUAUGGGAGGGCCCAUAGUCCAGUAGUGGAACAAGUGCUUUGCAUGCACAAGGUCUUGGGUUGAGUCUUCUUCAUCUUCUGUUAAAGGAUUUUAGCUAGCUAGGAAAAGGCUUCUGCCCAAGAGCGGCUGUCAGCCAGAGUAGGGCAAAGUGAGCCAGGGGUAUGACUUGGUAGAAGGCAGCUGCGUUGGGAUGUUCAGCAGAUAGAGCCUGGCCAUUGCACUCCCUUCUGAAGUGUAGUUGGUGAGGGCUGUCUUGCCAGUGCUAUGCAAUGUAUUCCUCUUCAUCCCUUGCUUGUUUCCUUGGGUGGACCACCUCACCCACAAUCCCAGGCUGCAUCCCAGCUGGUUAACCUAGGCAGAAAGGGGAGGCAAUUUCUAUCAGGGCUAUGGGCCAUUCUCAUUUCCAGAUUCCUGCUUUAUUUCCUCUCUUUCAGGUCAUCCCAGAAAUCCGACCCAUGUUGCUCCAUGUCCUGGGGGACCCAUGUUGCACCAUGUUCUGGGGGACCCUCUGGGGGAAGAGCCCAAUGAGGCAACUUUGGUGCCAGGACCCCUUCCAGGACUUCAUGUCCCCACUGACAUUCUGGGGAAAGAGCUCAAUGAGCAAACUUCAAUGAUAGGAUCCCUUCCAGAACCUCACGUCCCCACAGAUAUUCUGGAGCAAGAGCUCAAUGAGGAAACGUCAGUGCCAGGAUCCCUUCCAGAACCUCACGCCCCCACUGAUAUUCUGGAGCAAGAGCUCAAUGAGGAAAUGUUGGUGCCAAGAUCCCUUCCAGGACCUUGCAUCACCAAUGACAUUCUGGGGGAAGAGCCCAAUGAAGCAACCUUGGUGCCAGGACUCCUUCCAGGACUUCGUGUACCCACUGACAUUCUGGGGAAAGAGUUCAAUGAAGCAACCUCAGUGCCAGGAUCCCUUUCAGGACCUCGCAUUUCCACUGAUAUUCUGGAGGAAAUGCUCAAUGAGGAAACCUCAAUGCCAGGAUCUCUUCCAGGACCUCACGUCCACACUGAUAUUCUGCAGGGAGAACUCAAUGAGGCAACUUCAGUGCCAGGAUCCCUUCCAGGACCUCACAUCACCAAUGACAUUCCAGGGAAAGAGGUCAAUGAGGAAACCUCAGUGCCAGGUCCUUCCAUCCCCACUGGCACUCCAAAGGAAGCAGCUUUUGUGUCAGAGCCCUUACCAGAGCCUUCCACUGCUGACAAUUAUCUUGAGCAAGAAGUAGAAAUCCUCACAGGAUUACAGCAUGACUAUGUCCAGCGGCAAAUGAGGGGUCGCCACAUUUCACAGCAGUUCCCUCAUUCUCUCCGGGCUAUCAACCUGCAAAUUGGACACACAUGGACAAGGCUCAUCCGCAGUGAAGUUCGGCUGCAACGGUGGGGAAAGGAAGAUACGUUCGGAGCAUACCCCUGAAGUUGCUGCUGGGCUAAAAAUGGCUCUUUUGCUCUCUGUUUCCUUCUCCUGAAUGUUGAAAUGUUUGAUUUGAGUCUGCAUCUAAGUUUUGGAGGGGAGGCCUGUGGGUGGGUUGUCAGUGCUUGCUGAAGUGUUCCUUCGUUUUCUGUCUUUCAGGUGACCAAGCUCUGAUGCCUGUAAUUCAGACAGCUUCUCAUGAUGUUCCUGAAGGCCCUGCUGCAUGUCUCCGCCCCCCUGGGUCCAGUUCAUUAUUAUCUUCUGCCUUGCUGGAAGUUGGCUCCAUCCCACCCUCCACCUCCACCUCUUCUUUCCUCCUGCAUCCCUCUCCCCCUCCUCCUCCUUCCCCACCUCCCCUAGAGCCGGACCUCAGCAAUGUAUAAGAAACUCUGCAGAGUUUGAUGGAUUUGCAGUUCCAUCAGCUGAAUGACCGCCAAAGAGACCUCCGCAGCUGCCAGGAAUGUUUGCAAAACCUCAAGGCACUGAGGGGACAGCUCCAGAGACUGCGGAGCAGACUGGCAAGGGUGGAAGCCACUAUGGGGAUCCUGGUUCCUCCAAGGGAGCUGGAUGUUGAUGAAGAAAAAGAGAAAGACAAAAACCAGACAGUGCUUCAUACAUAGGUAGCAAUAAAAUGCUGCAUAUUUAUUUUAAAAAUAUUAAACAUUUGUUUUAAUAGGAUAGGAUGUAGAGAUAAAACAGCAAUAUAACAUGCAUAUUUACUGCUUAUAAAUUAAAAAGUUGAU